UGAAGUUCGUUUCCCCUUCUAAUCUUGUGUCUCUCUCUAUCUCUUUAAACUCUUGCUACUCUGUUUUUUCCACUACAUAGUUCUUUACAGCCUUUUGGGUGGGACUUGAGGGGUGUUGAUAGAGUGCGGUUCACCAUGUUCUGUAGGUAUAGCAGGAGGUUGAAGUUGCAGGUUUGACAUCGGUUGAGGGUUCUUCCCAAAAAAACUCGCUUGUCUGAAACCCUUGCUAAGACAGGCUGACAAACAUCAUCGCCAUUGUCAAAUGGUGUUCCUUAUACUGUGGGACAUGCACUAUCUUCGGGACCCUGGAGUUCCCCUUCCGCUAUUCCCCAGUGAUUCAAUGGCCACUACAAGUUUCCAUGUAUGGUGGUCAGGUUGUUUGCUGAAAUUUUGGGCCAAUGGAAACUUGAAGAAAAAGACAGCUGAGAGCCAGAGUGUGUGUAGUUUCUCUAUAACAUCAUCUAAAAGAAAGAGAAUGGGAUUCAGAAUCGGCCCAACUCGGUGGGUUCAAAGUAUCAAAGAAGUUGCAAAUGGAGCGGAUCCCACGGCCAAUUCAAGCGAAGUGGUAUGCGCUGCCAAGUAAGAGGAAGUCAUCUGAAGAAGGACCGAACGGAAGCCUACCUCCAUUAUCCUUGGGGUCUAUGAUUGUUUCGGGGCUUAGAUGGACUUGUGAUAUAUU